AUGGUGAAAGACGCGUCUGUUGCCCUCUCUCAAAGAGAGCGCCAUCCUGUGAGAUGGCAUCGCUCGACCUUCUUCAACAUGACAAUCCUCGGCCUCUGCAAUCUCUCAGCACCGGGUAUCUGGACUGCCAUGAACUCCCUGGGCGCUGGAGGUGCGGCCUCGCCGGGGCUGGUGAAUGCCGCCAACGCACUGACAUUCUGUCUGAUGGUUGUCUCUUGUUACUUUUCCAGCGUCAUUGUUCAUUACAUCGGAAUCAAAGGAUCGCUCAUAUUUGGAACUAUCGGCUACGCUCCAUACGCCGCCGGCUUGUACACCAACAAUCGUUAUGGCACCGAGUGGCUGAUGCUCUUCGGCGCGGCUCUCUGUGGUAUCUCGGCCGGUGUUUUCUGGAUGGCCGAGGCAGCCAUUGCCAUUGCAUACCCGGAACCAUGGAACCGCGGCAAAGCGCUGGGGUAUUGGCUCACUUACCGCCUGUCCGGUCAGAUUUUGGGCGGCGCAAUCAACCUUGGCAUCAACGCAGAGAACAACAAGGCGGGCAAGGUGUCCUACACGGUGUUCAUCGUCUUCAUCGCCCUGCAGGCCGCCGGUCCCUUCGUCGCCCUUUUUCUGAACAAGCCCGACCAGGUUGAGCGCGAAGACGGGGAGAAGGUCAGCUUGGCGAUCCUCGAGAAUCCGUGGUAUGAGAUCAAGGCAACGACGAAGACUUUCUUCAAGCCCAAAUUCCUCCUCAUCGUGUGCUUUAUCGGAUCGGUUGUCUUCUCCGAAGCGGUGUUCUUCACCUAUCUUGCCACUUGGUUCUCCGUUCGGUCCAGAGCACUGGGUUCUUUCCUGUCUGGCAUCGUCGCCGUCAUCUGCGGCAAUGGCCUUGGGGCGUGGCUCGAUCGAUCUAAAGUAGCCCUGAAGACGCGCUCGCGGUCAACCUUUUGGGUUCUCAUCGUUCUUCAAGGCGCAUGGUGGACCUGGGCAACUAUUCUUGUGUCGCGAUUCAAGCACACAAAGCCAACAUACGAUUGGGUGGACUCUGGAUUUGGCGCAGCCUUUGCUGUUUACAUCUUCCUCACCGUCGGCUUCCAGCUGAAUUACCUGUUCUUGUACUUCAUCGUCACAAAUCUCGCAGAAGGCGAAGAGGAGGUCAUCAGAUAUGCAGCUUUGCUUAGAGGUGUUGAGUCGGCUUGGCAGGCCGUCAGCUACGGGCUUACUUCUCUGACCCUGUUCGCCGAGGUGGGAGGCGUCUACUUCAACUUUGUGCUGUGGGCUAUCUCGAUCUGGCCAGCAUGGCUCGUCCUGAAGGAGUUUGGGGCUGGGAAAGUAGGGUACGAGAGCGAGUCUGGCAGCUCUGAGGGUGUUGCAGUUGGUGAGGUGGUCAGCACCGUCGAAUCGAAGGGUGCGUCAACUUGA